UAAUCGGAGAAGGGUUUGUUUUCCGCUUCACCGUGCUCUCUAUAUACUUCUCUCUUCUUUGCUCCCGCAGAAGAGAGAGAUAAUCUUCAUCUUCUUUUUCAAACGAAAUUCACAAAUUUCAAUCUCUCUGUAUUUCUCUUUAUAUCAAUCAAUCGCUUCUUCAGUCUUUUCUUCUUCUCUGUUUUUUUGAUCGGACGGCGGAGAUUCAUUCUCAAGUGAGAAACGUUGAGGUAUGCAGCAAGGUGAUCCGACGGUGUUGAGCUUGAGACCUGGUGGUGGUCGAGGAAGCAGACUCCUUGCUCCUUCUUCAUCAUCUUCUUCUUCUCUAUCUUUCGGUUCAUUAUCAUCUGAUCUUCCUCUCUUUCGUCCUCAUGGCGGCGCUUCUCCUUUCUCUAUAAAGGCUGGAGACCUGCGAUUUGAGGGUCAUGAACGUGUGCGCUACACUCGAGAUCAGCUUCUCCAGCUCAGAGAGGGUGUUGAAGCAUCUGAUGAUAUUCUAAAAGUCAAACAAGAAAUUGAAGCUGAACUCUUUGGUGAAGACCAAAACUGGGGUCGUGGGGAAAGCAAUCCAUCAAACCAAACUCAGAGUCGCUAUUCUGAACCAGACAAUCGUGAUUGGCAUGGCCGCUCAGCACAGUUUCCUUCAUCUGGAGAUGAGAGGCCUUGGGAAUCUCUUCGAGACAGGGAGCUUGGUGGCAGACAUGACACAAGGCAGCAAGAAGCAAAUCGUCAAGACCAACUCAGCUCUCAGUUCUCUAGAACACAGAUUUCUUCUAACCAAGGGGGAGGACCUGCUCCUACUUUAGUUAAGGCCGAGGUGCCAUGGUCUGCUCGAAGGGGGAACAUUUCGGAUAAGGAGCGUGUCUUGAGGACUGUGAAUGGGAUACUGAACAAGCUGACUCCAGAGAAGUAUGAUCUUCUUAAGGGCCAACUUAUAGAUUCUGGGAUCACAUCAGCUGAUAUCUUGAAGGAUGUGAUCUCUCUAACAUUUGAGAAGGCUGUUCUGGAACCUACAUUUUGCCCUAUGUAUGCCCUUCUUUGUUCUGAUCUCAAUGAAAAGCUUCCUUCAUUUCCAUCCGAUGAACCUGAUGGCAAAGAAAUCACGUUUAAGCGAGUCCUCUUGAAUAACUGCCAAGAGGCAUUUGAGGGUGCUGACAAACUAAGGGAAGAAGUGAGGCAGAUGACUGCUCCAGAACAAGAGAUGGAUCGUAGGGAUAAAGAAAGAAUGGUCAAGCUUCGUACUCUUGGAAACAUCCGUUUGAUCGGAGAGCUUCUGAAGCAGAAGAUGGUACCUGAGAAGAUAGUACAUCACAUUGUGCAGGAACUUUUGGGCCACGAUACCAAAGCUUGUCCCGCAGAAGAAAAUGUUGAAGCUAUUUGUCAGUUCUUUAACACUAUUGGUAAGCAUCUGGAUGAGAGUCCAAAGUCCCGGCGCCUAAAUGAUGUGUACUUUAACAGAUUGAAAGAAUUGGCUUCAAACCCUCAGUUGGCUCCGCGACUGAGAUUCAUGGUUUGUAAUGUUCUUGAUCUUCGUGCAAACAACUGGAUUCCAAGGCGUGAGGAGGUAAAAGCCAAAACAAUCAUCGAAAUCCACUCAGAGGCUGAGAAAAAUCUUGGGCUGCGUCCGGGUGCUACUGCUAGCAUUAGAAAUAAUCGUGUUAUUUCUGUAGGUCCAGUAAGUCCUGGCCCUGGUGGUUUUCCUGUUGCCCGACCUGGUGCUGGGGGAAUGAUGCCUGGCAUGCCUGGAACUAGGAGAAUGCCUGGUAUGCCUGGAAUUGACAGUGAAAAUUGGGAGUUCCCUAGAACACGGUCAAUGCCGAGGGGUAGUGAUGGAUCAGCUGUGCAGACUGGAGGACGCAAUCAGUCACCUUUAAUCAAUAAAACAACUUCAAUGAGCUCAAGAUAUUUACCUCAGGGUAGUGCUGGCCUGAUCAGUGGUAAAACAAGUGCUCUGUUGCAGGGCAGUAAUACCCCUCCUACUAGACCUGCUAACUCUAUUUUGGGUGCAGAGCCUUCAUCGCAACUCCCACUUGCUGCUAAACCUGCACCUGCUGCUGCUAUGCCUCCAGUUAUAGGGAAACCCCAAGGUCCAGGUACAAGGUUAAAUCCAGAAGAUCUUCAGAGAAAGACAACCGCACUUCUGGAGGAAUACUUUGGUGUUAGGCUAUUGGACGAAGCACUGAAGUGUAUUGAGGAGCUAAACGCUCCCUUGCACCAUCCUGAGGUUGUCAAGGAAGCAAUCUCCCUUGGCUUAGACAAAAGUCCGGCUUGUGUUGAGCUAGUUGCAAAGCUUUUGGAAUACUUGCUUAAUAAAAAGGUUCUUACUGUUGGAGACAUACAGACUGGGUGCUUGCUCUAUGGUACUAUGCUGGAUGAUGUUGGCAUUGAUUUACCAAGGGCGCCUAAUAAUUUUGGAGAAAUAAUGGGGAAACUAGUUUUGGCCAGGGGACUGGAUUUCAGUGUCGUGAAGGAAGUUCUGAAAAAGGUGGAGGACUACCGAUUCCAGAAAUUUGUAUUCGAUGCAGCAUUGAGUAUUAUCAAUGCUAGUCCUUCAGGGCAAGCUGUAUUGGAUGCAAACGCCUCCGAGAUUGAAGCCUGCCGCAGUCUAUUCCAGUAAGCAUAGCUUUGCUUUGCAUGCAAAACUUCAAACUAUCUCCACAAGGACUUUUACCAUGCCUAUGCCCACUUCUUCAUGGUGUUAUCCCUUUUUGAGGCAAACAACUUGUAUCAUUUUGAUAAGGUGGAGCUGCCAAGUACCAAGGACAGGUAAUAUAUAUAUUUUUUCUCUAUGAGUUGUAUAUUUUUCCGAAGGUCAUAGCAGUGUGUUUAUUGAGAAAGGAGAUUUAAACACCAUAAUGCAAUGGAUUUUGUGCUUGAGCAUUGGCGAAUUACAUGCCAAAUUGCUCUAGAAGACCUGUCCUGCCCUUUUAUGGGUUCAGGUUGUUUUGUAUUUGAUUAGGUUUUGUUAUCAGUUUUUUUUUUUUUUUCCCCUUUUGUGACUCAGUAAUUUAGUUAAUUUUUUGUUGAACUCAGUUCAUAAAAAUCCCAUGUUUUC